CUUUGAACUUGAAAAGCUCUGCCGAUUUACUAUGUCUGUAAAGAAGAACUAUCGCCGUGUGCCCUACCACAACUGGAAGCAUGCAGUUACCGUUGCACAUUGCAUGUAUGCCAUACUUCAGAAUAACCAAGGGCUUUUCACUGAUUUAGAGCGAAAAGGUCUUUUAGUUGCAUGCCUGUGUCAUGACCUGGAUCACAGAGGUUACAGCAACAGCUAUCUUCAGAAAUUUGAUCACCCCUUAGCUGCUCUCUAUUCCACAUCAACAAUGGAACAGCACCACUUCUCACAGACUGUGUCCAUUCUGCAGCUGGAAGGGCACAAUGUCUUCUCCAAUCUGAGCUCCAGCGAAUAUGAGCAAGUACUUGAGAUCAUCCGGAAAGCCAUCAUCGCCACAGACCUUGCCCUGUAUUUUGGAAACAGAAAACAGCUUGAAGAGCUACAUCAGACGGGAGCAUUAAACCUGAAGAAUCAAGCACACAGAGACAGAGUGAUUGGUCUGAUGAUGACGGCUUGUGAUUUGUGUUCUGUAACAAAGUUGUGGCCAGUUACCAGACUGACAGCCAAUGAUAUAUAUGCAGAGUUCUGGGCUGAGGGUGAUGAAAUGAAGAAAACGGGUAUUCAACCUAUUCCUAUGAUGGACAGAGACAAAAAAGAUGAAGUCCCUCAGGGUCAGAUUGGGUUCUACAAUGCUGUAGCCAUCCCGUGUUACACCACACUUGCACAGAUCUUUCCUCCAACUGGGCCACUACUCCGAGCAUGCAGGGACAAUCUCAACCAAUGGGAGAAAGUAACAAGAGGUGAGGAAGCCUCUAUAUGGAUUCCCUCCCAGUCCCUUGCUCCUGGAACCUCAGAUUCACUUCCUGUGAAGAUCGAUGACUGAACAGCAGCAGCAGAUUGCUUUAACCUGAAAAGCAUCCCUUCUUGUUUUAGGGGUUCUUUUUUGGUUUGUUUUGUUUUUAUUGGGAAAAACAAAAAAAAAAAAAAAAAAGGAAAAGGAAAAGCUACAAAAUGCUAACUAAGAAGCAGAUCUGCCUAGGAAGGUAACACCCAUGGAGUUACCCCGGAUAAAUGACUCUGGCAGCCAGUCUCCUGACCUACACCAGUGACACAACGUGAACAGAGGGAAAACGACAAUUCAGAUGUUUAGGAGUCAGCUAUCAAAAGAGAACUUACGACUUGUGAAUAUUAAAGACUGGCCUUAUCUCAUGGGCUACAUUGCUGAGGCCUUAAUUUAAAACUGAUGGGGGGGGGGAUAUCUUAGGGGGUACUUCUAAAUUGUAUCUUUCUAGUAAAGGGUUUCAAUGGUACUUUUAUUAUACCGUACUGUGGCUGGCUUUAACACCAGUGUCACUUGGGAGUUCUUGGCUAUAAAUAGAACAAUAUACCCAUUGCUAUUGUGAAUGUUUAUGUGUGAUCUACUUGUAAUCAGUUUGAACUCCAGCAGAAUCCUUGGAGACUAUAAUUCAUGCUUAGGUUACAGUGACUUCUCUUGCUG